AUGGCAGGUCUGAAAGACGAAGAGUACAAGACGAAAUCCUGUCAACGUGAGUUUAUUCAUGGCGGAAUGCGGAUUAAGAAGAAGCUUUACGACGCAGACUCCUCUACAAAAAGUAAUUUUAUUCAUGAGAAAGAAGCGCCUGAGAAGGAAGUUGAUUCGUCAACUGCAACAAAAUCGGAAGGACGAACGGAUGUCAAGAGCAAAACACGCUAUCAUAAUUCCGCUUCACAAGAAAUUAUCCGUCACGGACCCAAGGAAUUAUCGAAGAAUCUCUUUGCUGCGUGUUAUGUACAAGGUAGUGGAGCGCAUUAUCCUGGACCGACUCAUUUAACACCGCGAAGAAACAACGCGCGACAAGCUGGCUUUGGUCCCGGCCGAUCUACGAUUGACCUGGUGUUCAUCGUCAGGAGAGUGAUCGAAAUCUGGCAGCGGUAUUCGAAGCCAAUGCAACUAGCGUUUCUGGACUUUGAAGCCGCGUUCGACUCUUCUCACCUAGGCCAUCUUCUCAACGCGCUCCGCGCUGAUGGAGUACCAGGAAAGUUCGUUCGCUUGCUUGAUGACAUGAAUCAGCGAACAACUGCUGCAGUUCGAACACCAGCCGGAUGUACAACACCGUUUGAAGUGGUAACUGGAGUAGGAAAAGGGGGUGCCAGGACCCUUUCUGUUCAAUUUCGCCAUCGACGACAUUAUGCGAACAGUCGACCAGUGUCCUGCCGACAUUGUCUUAGCACCAUCAGGGUGUCCCUUGACUGA